GAAAGUUGCUCGCUUUUACAGGGUUCGUCUUCUCCACUCCCUUCCCGAGUCCCGACCUUCUUCUCUCUGUGAGAGCGUGGAAGAAAGUGCAAAACAUUCAAUUCUUCUACUUCAUCUGUAUCCAUCACUUUCGUUCGAAUCCGAAGCUCAUCGAAUCGAAAAAUCGCUCGAUCUCAUUUUUUCUGUUCUGGUGUUAUUGAUUCUAUCAUGUUGCAAUAUGUUGAUUUCGUGGAAAUUCCCUAAGGGAUGGAGAUUACUGUGGUUUGAAGCCGAUUCGGGGGAACUUUGUGAAGGGGACUAAUGGCGGAGGGGUCGGAUAGGGCGAAUGGUGGUUUGGUUAAGAUGGAUUCAACGGAAUCCAGAUGGGUUUUUCAGGAUGAGGACGACUCCGAUGAGGGAGGAGUGCAAAGCAGUUACGAGUCUGCGGAAGAGGAUAAUGUUGAGCAGAGAUUGAUCAGGACUGGCCCCAGGAUUGAUUCCUUUGAUGUCGAGGCGCUUGAGGUUCCUGGAGCCCAGAGGCAUGAUUACGAGGAUUUUAAUUUGCGUCGGAGUCUUAUAUUGGUUCUUCAGACUCUUGGAGUUGUGUUUGGGGAUGUUGGAACUAGUCCGUUGUAUACUUUUGAUAUCAUGUUUAAUAAAUAUCCUAUUUCUGAGAAGGAAGAUGUACUUGGAGCACUCUCUCUUGUUCUCUACACUUUGAUCCUGAUACCACUGGUGAAGUAUACUUUGAUAGUGCUCUGGGGUAAUGAUGAUGGAGAAGGGGGGACUUUUGCUCUGUAUUCCUUGAUAUGCAGAAAUGCAAAAGCUAGUCUUCUUCCAAACCAAUUGCCUUCUGAUGCUCGUAUUUCAAGCUUUAGACUGAAAGUUCCAUCAGCAGAGUUAGAGAGAUCUUUAAAACUCAAAGAACAUCUUGAAAACUCUGCACUACUUAAAAAAAUGCUUCUAAUCUUGGUUCUAUUUGGUACCGCUAUGGUGAUAGCAGGCGGUGUUGUCACGCCUGCGAUGUCAGUUAUGUCAGCUGUGAAUGGGCUCAAGGUUGGAAUUGCCGGUGUUGAACAAGGUGCAGUGGUAAUGAUUACAGUUGCAUGUCUAAUAGUAUUAUUCAGUGUACAGAGGUUUGGAACAAGUAAAAUGGGGCUUGCUGUUGGCCCUGCCCUGUUCUUAUGGUUUUGUUGUCUUGGAGGCAUUGGGGUUUACAAUAUUGUUAAAUAUGGGGUUAUAGCUUUUAAAGCCUUUAAUCCGGUUUAUAUCUACCUUUAUUUUAAGAAAAAUCCUGCUCAAGCUUGGAUGUCACUUGGAGGUUGCCUACUUAGCGCAACAGGUUCUGAAGCCAUGUUUGCAGACCUCUGUUAUUUCUCAGUUAGAUCAGUUCAGUUGACCUUCAUUUUUCUGGUUCUGCCCUGCCUGUUGCUUGGUUACCUUGGCCAAGCUGCAUUUCUCAUGGAAAAUCCUACUCAGAAUGAGCAGGUUUUCUUUUCAUCAAUGCCGAGUGGAGUUUUCUGGCCAGUAGUGUUUGUGGCUAUGAUAGCUGCAUUAAUUGCAAGCAGGGCUAUGACAACGGCUACUUUUUCAUGUAUAAAGAAGGCAACAGCUCUGGGCUGUUUUCCUCGCCUCAAAAUAAUACACACUUCGAAAAAGUUCAUGGGCCAUAUAUAUAUCCCAGUCAUAAACUGGUUUCUGUUGGUUUUCUGCAUUGGAUUUGUUGCCACUUUUGGAAGUAUAAAUGAGAUCGGCAAUGCAUAUGGCAUUGCUGAAGUUGGAGUUAUGAUGGUGACCACAAUCCUCGUAACCAUCAUCAUGCUUCUUAUAUGGCAGAUAAACAUCUUCCUCGUAUUUUGCUAUCUUAUCUUCUAUCUGGGCAUCGAAUUUCUUUUCUUCUCUUCAGUCUUGGCUGGAGUGAGAGAUGGAAGCUGGGUUUUGCUUUUAUUUUCUGCCGUCUUGUUCAUGAUUAUGUCUAUAUGGAAUUAUGGCAGCAAAAUGAAAUAUGAAACGGAAGUUAAGCAGAAAUUAUCAAUGGAUUUAAUGCUGAAACUUGGUUCCAAUCUUGGCACUAUUAGAGCCCCUGGUAUGGGGUUGGUUUACAAUGAAUUAGUGAGGGGGAUUCCUGCAAUAUUUGGACACUUUCUUACCACUCUUCCGGCAAUUCAUUCCAUGAUCAUUUUCGUAUCGAUUAAGUAUGUUCCAGUCCCUGUCGUGCCGCAGAACGAGAGGUUUCUCUUUAGACGUGUCUGCCCGAAGAGUUAUCACAUGUUCCGUUGCAUUGCGAGGUAUGGCUACAAAGAUGUGAGGAAGGAGCACCACCAAAUCUUUGAGCAACUCCUCAUCGAAAGCCUCGAAAAAUUCAUUCGCCGAGAAGCCCAGGAACGCUCCUUAGAAAGCGACGGGGACGGCGAUGAUACUGAUUCGGGUUCCGAAGAAGAGACAUCAUUCUCGAGCACUCUCGUCGCUCCGAACGGCAGCAUUUAUUCGCUCGGCGUCCCUCUUCUCACUGAUUACGGCUGUCUCGAAAGACGGAGCUCGGAAGCAAGUUCUUCAUUUUCGCAAUCCGUGGAUGAUGCUGUUACAGAUGCAGGAAAGAGUCUGGAGAGCGAGCUGUCCUUCAUCCACAAGGCGAAGGAGUCAGGGGUCGUCUAUCUUCUCGGCCAUGGAGAUAUCAGAGCAAGAAAGGACUCUUGGUUCAUCAAAAAACUGAUUAUAAACUACUUCUAUGCCUUUCUGAGGAAAAAUUGCAGAAGAGGGAUUGCAACUCUGAGUGUUCCUCAUACAAAUUUGAUGCGAGUAGGAAUGACUUAUAUGGUCUGAAAAUUACUUUAAAGUUCUCUUUUUUAUUAUUAUUAUUUUAAUUUGAGUUACUAACCAGUGUCAGAUUUUCAUGAUACAAACAUGCAUGGAUUGUUCUUAAAAGUGAAUUUUCAGAAUUGAUAUUGACAGAAGAUUGAGAAGGAGGGGGGUAGGAUAUCCUUCUGUUGGAUAAACUGACUUUCAGUAUCAUAAUGUUUUAGAAUGUGAUAGCUGUAUCUUAUCUUGCUUCACACCAAAGCUAUUUUACUCUAGUAAA